UGACUUAGAACAGUAGGCUACAGUCCAGCUUUUGUGGAAAGGAGCAGAACACUCAACAACUAACAGCUUCAUCUUCCCCCACCAGUAGUCGCUUUUGACAUUGAAAAUCUUGGGAGCAAAGAUGACGACAUCUGCAGCUGAAAUAAAGAAGCUCUAUGAGGAGCAGGGCUACCUCUCUGCAAUUCCUGUGCUGAGUGAGACGGAGCUCAGGGAGGCCAGACAAGCCUUUUCCGAAUUGGAGGAGAAACUUGGUACCGAGUACACUCAGUACAGCCUCCACAAUGUUCAUCUUCAGUAUCCAUGGGUGAUGAACUUGACCAAACACCCUCAGAUUCUGAAAGUGGUCCAAGCUGUUCUGGGUGCUGACGUUAUUCUGCUGGACUCCCGCUUUAUCUGUAAAUACCCAGCGCUAAAGGCAGAAACCAUCCAUGAAGGAAAUCAAAGUAAACCUGAUGGGAAUGAUGAAGGAGAUGCACUUCCAUAUGUGGCAUGGCACCAGGAUAUGAGGUAUUGGGGGAUUGAUGGAGGGCCUGUUCUCUCAGUUUGGCUCGCUCUUGAUGACUCUCUUAAAGAAAACGGCGCCCUUCAGGUCAUUCCAGGCAGCCACUGUGCCGGUAUGUUGCAGCAUCGCCAAGCCGUACGCCCUGGAAAUAUGCUUUCCGUUAACCAGGAGAUCCCUGAAGAGCUGGUGCAGGUGGAGGAAGCCGUGUUCUGCCCUCUAAAAGCAGGGCAGAUGUCUAUUCACGAUGGACUUCUUGUCCAUGCAAGUGAUUCCAACAUGUCUCAGAGGAGGCGCUGUGGCUUCGUGAUCCGAUACGUCCCCACCUGUGCAUACCCCAUACAGGAUUCAGAUCGCCCACGGAAAUUUCACGCAACCAUGCUGGCUUGUGGGAUUGACGAGUUUCAUAAUUUCUCUGACAAAAGAUCUUAGGAUUUGAGGAUGAACUAAGGCUCACUUUUAGCUCAAUGUAGUGCGCUUUCAUUGUUGUGUUCAUGAAAAUAAUAUAAUACAAGAUUUUUCAAACAUAUUUAUCUCUGUUUAAAUUACAAAUAUUAUGACUGUUUGGACAUUUGAGAAGUAAAAGAAAAAUCUUCCCUUGUUUAUUAUGUGUAAAACAUUAAAUAAAUCUGAAAAUUUAAAAGAAA